AUGUCUUCCCGAAACAUUGCUUUCCUUGGCGCGUCCACCGGCGUUGGCCUCGGCGCUCUCAAGCACUCUCUCAAGGCCGGGCACGAAUGCGUCGCCCUCUGCCGCGAGCCUAAGAAGCUAGACGACCUCCAAGCGCCCAACCUGAAGAUCAUCCAGGGCAACGCCCACGACCUGGACAGCGUCAGUCAGCUCCUCGUCGCCCCCAACGGCACCUUUGUCGACGAGAUCAUCACCACCAUCGGCGGCAAGUUCUCCGCCGCCAAGAUGGGCAUCGACCAGCCGCAGGUGUGCGAGGUCGGCAUGGACACCAUCCUCGCCGCGCUCGCCGCGCUGCGCAAGCAAGGCGUCUCCGGCGCGCCGCACAUCACCGCCUGCAGCAGCACCGGCGUGUCCAAGUUUGGCCGCGACAUCCCGCUGCUGAUGGUGCCGUUGUACAUGGGCCUCAAGGGCCCGCACGCGGACAAGGUCAAGAUGGAGGAGAAGCUGCUGGCGAGCGGCGAGGCGUUCACGAUCGUCCGGCCGAGCCUGCUGACCAACGGCGAGUCGGAGAGGGUGGUGCGCGCGGGCGUGGAGGAUCCCAAGACGGGCUACGAGUCCAAGGCGAUUGGCUACACGAUCUCGCGGGAGGAUGCGGGCAAGUGGAUUGCGAGGAACCUGGUGCAGGACAUGGACGCAGCUUACCUGAACAAGAUGGUGGCCAUUACUUAUUAG